CGUCUGAACGACCUCACGUCCUCAACGAACAGCGGUGCAGGAGAAUUUCAGUCGUAAUCAUGGUAUUUGAGAGGAAGAUGCUCACGUACGGCGACCCCGAGGACGAGGAGGAAGAUGUGCCAGCUGAGGAAGAAGAGGAGGAGGAGGAGGAAGAAGAUAUGGUGGAUCCUUUAGAGACGAUACGGACCAAGUGUGAGCAGACUGAACACUGCGUGCACUACAAGGAGCGUCUGGAGACCUGUGAAGCCAGAGUUGGCUCCAAAACAAGCACCCUGGAAGAAUGCACAGAAGAAUUGUUUGACUUUCUGCAUGCACGGGACCAUUGUGUGUCACACAAGCUGUUUCAUAGCGUGAAAUAACCUUCCUGGCCAGCUCCACUUGCAGCUGUAAAAUCAUCACAAUUGCCCUGUUCUCCUGUGUAUUAAUGUUCAAGAAGGUUCUUGGACUAAAUACAUGUCACUUUUUCCGUGCAGUGCAUACUUGUGUAGAUGGUGUCAGAAGCAGUCUGUAAAAUGAGUCACUGCUUGUAGGUAAUGAGGGCAUAAAUCUCACUUGUCAGUUAAUUUGCAAAAGCAAACAUGCUGCUCUGGCAAUUCAUAUUUCUUCUCAGGUUUGGCCAUGGAUGCAUUGCUGACUAAAAAAAAUAAACAUUCUUUGUUAUCCAAGGUG